GCAGCCGCCCGUUAAAAGAGCAGGCAAGAUGGCCGAGCUGGGCAGCAAGGGGGUGACGGCCGGCAAGAUCGCCAGCAACGUCCAGAAGAAGCUCACCCGGGCGCAGGAGAAGGUAAGGGAGCGGGGCCGGGGAUGCGCGGGGCCGGGUUGCUCGCGGCCCGGGCUGAGGACCGACGGGAGGCGAUGUGGGCACGGCCGGAGGAGGUGCAGAGCCGGCUGCGUGCUUAGGGAGCACUGCUGCGUUCUGUGGCAUUGCGAACGUAACCUCGGAGGCACUGAGCAAAGGGGACGGGCGCCGCUCCCUUAUCGUCUCCCGGAGGCUCGGUGCGGCUGCUCGCCCUUCAGCGCAGCCCUCGGAGCGGCUGCAGCCGAAGCGGCGGAUCGCUGCGGUGAGGGGAGGACGGCUCCGUGCUCCCGGUGCCGGCGGCACGCGAUGCGCGGGGCUGCGCCCGGGGCUGGGCGGCUUCGCGCAGGGCCGCCGCUCGGCUGCUCCGUCAGCCGCUGUCAGCCCUCCGCCGCGGGGUGACAUUGACUGAAUAAGGACGGGUGCGCGUCCGAGGGCGGAGGGCGAGCGGAUCAGAGCUCCGCUCGUGUUCCCUGCGGUUAUCUUUAGCACCAGAUUUAAUCCGGGAGGUUUGGGGGUGGGUGCUGCGCUGGCCUCGGCCCCGACGGUGUUACAAAACGCCGCGGGGGUCACGGCGGAGCCCGGAGCCAUCGGGCCCAACGUUGUCGCUGCCCCGGACUCGUUGGCCGGGACCGGCAGCCUGCGCUCAGCGGCCCCGGGCGCUGCCUGCUGCAGCUCCCCCCUUCCCUCCAUCCGCUCCGCUGAGCGCGGCUUUCCCUGCGGCUUUCCCUGCCGCAGCUCCUGGCGGUGACAGCAGACCUGCCCCGAGCUCCUCGCCGAUGCCGUAUUCCUUCCCUGCUAGCCACCAGGUGGCAACCAUAUUUUGAUCUAAUCCUAAGGUCCUUCAGAAGCUUGGGAAAGCAGAUGAAACAAAAGAUGAGCAGUUUGAACAGUGUGUGCAGAACUUCAACAAGCAGCUGUCUGAAGGCACAAGGCUGCAGAAGGAUCUCCGAACUUACUUGGCUUCCGUAAAAGCUAUGCAUGAAGCCUCCAAGAAGCUGACAGAGUGUUUGCAGGAAGUUUAUGAGCCGGACUGGCCUGGGAGAGAUGACACAAAUAAAAUAGCAGAGAACAAUGACCUGCUCUGGACAGAUUUCCAUCAGAAACUGGUGGAUCAGGCACUUCUGACCAUGGAUACCUACCUUGGCCAAUUCCCAGAUAUCAAAUCUCGCAUAGCAAAGCGAGGAAGGAAGCUUGUGGAUUAUGACAGUGCCAGACACCACUUUGAAGCCCUGCAAACUGCAAAGAAGAAGGAUGAAACCAAAAUUGCAAAGGCUCCCAUCCCCAAGCCUGUUUCGCUGCUUGAGAAAGCUGCGCCUCAGUGGUGUCAAGGGAAGCUACAAGCUCACCUCGUUGCGCAAACUAAUCUGCUCCGAAAUCAGGCUGAAGAAGAGUUAGUAAAGGCUCAGAAGGUGUUUGAAGAAAUGAACAUUGAUCUGCAGGAGGAGCUGCCUUCACUAUGGAAUAGUCGUGUUGGUUUCUACGUCAACACAUUCCAGAGUAUAGCAGGCCUAGAAGAAAACUUCCACAAAGAAAUGAGCAAGUUGAACCAAAACCUCCAUGACGUCCUGCUGGGUCUAGACAAGCAGUACUCAGGCAAUGCCUUUCCCAUUAAAGCACAGCCCAGAAAGAAAACUAAACUGUUCGCCAGGCUGAGGAAAAAGAUGAGCAGGUACCGUGACAGCACCCCAGCGAAAGCAAAUAAAAGCCCCUCGCCUCCACCAGAUGGAUCUCCCAUCACCAGCCCUGAGACCAAGACUGUCAACCAUGAGCUGGAACCAUCCACUUUGGAAGCGCCUGGGGCAAGCAUCCCAAAAUCACCAUCUCAGUUGAGGAAAGGGCCUCCGGUGCCUCCGCCUCCAAAAGUCACCCCUUCCAAGGAGAUCAAGCAGGAGAACAUCAUCAGUCUGUUUGAUGACAAUUUUGUCCCUGAGAUAAGUGUGACAACCCCCUCGCAGUUUGAUGCCCCUGGGCCCUUCCAGGAGGGAGCCAGCCUGUUGGAUCUGGAUUUUGAUCCCAUUAAACCAGAUGCCACUAUGGGGAAGACCCCCACACCUGCUUCUCAGUCUUUACCUUGGGAUUUAUGGGAGCCUACAGAAGCAGCCCAUGCAGGAGCUGAAGCAGCUGGAUCUGAAGCAGCAGCUGGAGCUGAAGCAUCUAAAACUGAAGGUGAUUCAGGAUCGAGCUCUUUGCCCGCUGUCGUUGUGGAGACUUUCCCUGCUACUGUCAAUGGCACCGUGGAAGGAGGCGCUUCCUCUGAAAGAGCUGACAUGCCCCCAGGAUUUCUGUUCAAGGUCCAGGCUAUGCAUGAUUACACAGCUACUGACAGUGAUGAGUUACAGCUGAAGGCCGGGGAUGUGGUGCUUGUGAUUCCAUUUGAGAACCCUGAGGAGCAGCUGGAUGUGGGUGCAACAGCCAUGAACUCGAGACUCUCCAAGCUGCAGAGGGACGAAGGAUGGCUGAUGGGUGUGAAGGAGUCUGACUGGAUCCAGCAUAAGGAACUUGACCAAUGCCGAGGGGUUUUCCCAGAGAAUUUCACAGAGCGGGUGCAGUGAAAGCCCGAGCCCGCCAGCCCCACGUUUCUGCUGGAAGAAAGCAAGUUUUCUGGUAGAUAAUUGAAAAAGAGCAGUAAAAACGAAAAGAAGAGAAUUUUAAAGGAACAGAAGCCUGAAAAAAAAAUUGUCAACUUAAAGGGUGUGUGCUUUUCAAAGGGCAAGGUUUCAGAAGUAAACUGCAAUUCAAAGCAUUAUCAAAAUAUAUAAAUACUACUACUACUAAGGCAGACCAAUUCCGCUCUUCCCCCUUUGGUUUAACAGCGUUUGAAUUCAGAGGACUGACACAGAAGCAACUCAGUGUGGUUCUUUAAAUGCUGUGUUGACUGAAUUGGCGCGAUGUCAGUCCGACCCCUGGAAAGGCAGUUUGUCUAUUGGCUUGAGAGCAAAGGCUGCAUUUGCUCUUGGGUGGGUUCACCUGUUUUGUCUUGAAGGUGGCUUGCAUGGCAACUAGAAAAAUUCAGCCUUCCCCCACAAGGUCAACCUACAGUAGGCCAAACUUCCUGUGAUGCUGUUGAAAAGAAUAUGUAGUGUAUAGUGUUCACCAAUAUAAUGUAUGUAUGUGUGCGUAUUUUAUUUUCUUCCUUUAAAACAGUGUUAUACAAACUAAUUUUAUAUGUGUAAAGAAAGGAGAAACUACAUGGUAAUGACACGGAGGUGAAAUGUGUCAAGCUGUGCUCAGUCCAAAGUCCUUUCAACUGCGAGCACCUGAAUUCUCCCAGUAGUGUAUUGGCCUGUGAAAGCUAAAGGGAAUGGAGGAAUUGAAGAGGACAAACAAGACAAAAUGAGCAGAUGCCAUUUAGACGGCUCUGAAACUUAGGAGAGGGAAUGCCCUGCCCCCACAAGCCCUGUAGGCGCUUUCAGAAGAGUUUAAAUUCGUGUAGAUGGAAGAUAGCUCUCAAAUCCGAAAGGAAAAUGCGUUUUUCAAGAAAAUUUAAAGAAAAAUUUUCUUCUGAAAGGAUGUCUGAGAAAAAACACUGAGGAAAAACCGUUUGCUUUCUGUGUUUUUAAUUGGCGUUGUUAUCUGCGGAAUGGUAUUUUUUACUUUCCUUUUGAAGACUUCUGUCAGUGAACUAUUGUUAGAUCAGCCUUCUCCAGUGCUGUGCUGGCGAUGGAGUUAACCUCUAAGAAAACUGGACUCUCGAAAUACUCAUUUAAAACGACUGCAUGACUUCUUGAUAUUUUAAUGCAUUAGAAGAGGAAGGCAAGAAUAUCAAAGUGUCAGUGUCAAGAGGACACUCUGCAGUCUAAUACUGAUGCUGAGACCUUUCCUAGACCUUUCCUAUGCUCCUGUUUGUUUUUGAGUUUUGUUUUUUAGUUUAAACAAGCAGAUGACAAAGCUGUUUCAAAGUGCAUAUUACACUUGCUAAAGUAAGCCGGUCUGACCCUCCAAGACUCUGAAGUCCCACAAAGGUACUUUAAACUUUACUUGAAUACUGAUGCAGCUGGCAAGCAGGUCAGGCUAUUAUCUCUAUUUUUUUUUUUAUGGCUUCCCACCCUUCCUCCUCCACAAUCUUUUUGCCUUGAAGGGAUUUUUAACAGUAAGGUUAACUCCUGCUGUAAAGGGAUAGGAUCACUUGUGGAAAUAAUCUUCUUAUUAGGAGCUGGCUUUUGUCAGAGAUGUGCAGGGUGCUGACACACACUACUGAAAAUCCCACCUUUUCUCAUCUGCUUUAAUUACUUGUAGGACAACAGAAAAAAAAAAAAAAACAACAGAAACACAUUGUAGGGCAAAAAAUGCUUUCGUUUUGUUUUAUUUUUGUUUUUUAAGCUUUAAUUCAGAGCAAAGGGUCAGAUUUUGAUCACAACUAUAUUUCUGUAAAUGCAAGAGUUGCCAGAGUUCUUUCUGCUUUCACCUUGGAAGAUGGCUGUGUCAGUUCUUUUACAGCAAUAUAACAAGCAUCAAAAUCUGCCCUGCAUAUCCAACUCCAUCUCAACAACUUUCUUUUUUAAAUAAACUGGCAGGAAUUUUUGUUUCUCAUCACUGUUAAAUCCCCAGUAGUAUUUCAGAGUAAUUGCACGCAAUGCAGAAGGACUGGACUCCACAAGUGGCAGUAUGGUGAGCCAUUGCUUUAGAAUACUGCGCUAUUAGGAUUAUUGUUUCUUCCACCAGGGUUGUCGUUAUUAUUGCUUUUUCUUUCCAAAGUAUCUAUUUUUAUGCAUUUGUGACUCCCAUUACUCCUUUAAAGAAUAUUCAUAGAAAAGAAGUAUACAUUUAAAUAUACAUAGAAAUAUAUAUAUAUAUAAAAGCGGGUUGAUCCAAUUAACAUAACGCCGUCAGCUUAAAAUGUUUAUUUUUAUGCAAAGCCUGUGGAUUAUUGUUUUUUAAAAGAAAGACAAGAUUCUAAGUACCAGAGCUGUGAUUUUUUUUUUUUGUCUUGCAAGUAAUUGUUCUAGAACACUUAGAAAGCUGUGCUCAUAUCUAAUUUAUUGUGGGUUUUUUUGCUGUUGUUGAUGUUGUCUUCUGCUGUGUUUGAACCAGAUGACUGUCCCAACAGAAAUCCUUGUAAGGCCUUUUCUUUUAAUUGAGCUCGCAAAGCAACUAUCCAGUACUGUAUUAUCCCUGCAGAAGUGGUAACGCUCUGCAAAGAAGGGAUGUUGUUUUCAGGUCAUGUGAUUGAUGCUCAAGUAUCGCUAGUGGAGAGGACGGUGCAUCUUUCUCCAUUUGCUUCCUUGCAACCACAACUCCCAUGUCCCCCCUUGCUUAGAGCACGUAGUGUGGGUACCUAGAUUUUGCUGUGCUUGCAGUAUCACAUCACAGAUUCUAAAAAUGCAGGAUUGGGCCCACAGGUUGUAAAUUGCCUUAUAUGAGAGUAAGGUGGCAUAGCGGGAAGCUUGUAGAUGGCAGUAUUCUUUGGAAUCAUCUCUUUAUCUCCUGGGUUAUGUUCAGCCCAUAAACAGGCGCAUCUCCUCCGAUUUUCAGGGUAUUUUUUUUACCUGCUAAAUACUUUGAUUUUUGGUUAGCAUUACCUGGUGAAAUUAAAUUCCCAUUUUCCUUUGGCUUAGGACUGAUUUAAAUAGAAAGAAGGACAGUAAACUCCCAAGUAGGCUGUGCCCACGGUGGUUUUUCAGUUUGCAGGCUGAACUGAAAAAUCUGGGGGAAGACAUUGUAAGGGUGGCCUGAAGCUGCAAGGGUGACCUGAGACAAGUUCAGUUUGAUUUCAAAAAGGGAAAAAUCAAAACAUUAAAAAAAAAAAAAAAGAAAAAUCCUUUCAAACCAAAACGAAGCAUUUCAUUUUUAGGGUUGCUUUUUCACUUUUUUAAAAACAUUAUGACUUGGGCUAUCAAAAAGUCGAUUUGAGGCACAAAUGUGAAACGUGUUCUGAAAACGCUGAAAGAAAAACGUUUUAUUGUUAAUAGUCUUUUUGCCUUUGCCUUUUUUUCUUAGUCUGACAAAUAGGUCCAGUUAACCCUUAUUUUGGUUUUUGGUGAAUACGUUGUCCACUGAAGAGAUCCCAAAGAAGCCUAUUGCCCAGUACUGCUCCAAUGACAGGUACACUGGACACAUUUCAAGGAUCACCUGGUAUUCAUCCCAACAAAGCUGCUGUUUCCCCAUCUAAUAAUCUUCCACUGGAUUGUUUUACUGUGUGAACAAUAAAAGUAUCUUUCAGCCCUUGCCAUUGACUGGUAUUGUAAAUUGAUUUAGACGUUCUGGCUCUAUCAGUCUCAGUUUGGACAUAGACGUCUGACUUUAGAUAUAUAACAUUUCUCCAAUUUGAGUCUAAUCUCACUGUGCAGCAGAAAUUCUCAUUUGCCCAAGUGAUAAGAGAAAUAAGGCAUUAUUCUUUCUCCUUUUUUCUCUCUCAGCAACAACAGUAAUAGACAUUUACUAGAUAGAGUUAGGGAAAGAGGUCCCGGGGUAACAGUGAAUGUGUUGUUCCACGUGGGACUCCUGCAUGCUCUGUGUUGCUUUCCAUGGGCAUUCCUCAGCUGUCUGCUUUUAGCACCUUUGCAUUUCUUGACUGUGGAGAUGGUGCAUUAAAUGGGAUUGUACAGGCAUCAUUCCAGGUGCCCAGAGUGAUCUGUUUGCCACAGUCACUGGCUCUCCGUUUCCUGUUCACAGGUGCAGUACACUUCCCUGUUGAACUGUCCAAAGACUGCAGCCAAGGCAAACAGCCCCAGGUCAAAGGGGCCUUUCUUUUAUAGCCUGGAGUAUUGUAAGGGCUCCAUUUUUCUGCCUGAAAUCAGGUGUUAACUCAGUUUAGUUUUCCAACAGCGUUUUGAAGGGAAAAGGCCCAAGGCGCCUUCUGCUCCCUUAGUGUGUGGCUGUUGACCCUACUCAUAGUCUGUCCUUGAGGUGCAGUUGACAGAAACACUCCAAAAUAGAUGAGAGCAAAAUUAUCACAAAUAUUAGGGUGCCUAAGGUCCUCUUGACUUCGGUUAGCCUCCGUGUCAGAAUGCUUCCCAACCUCUUCCUUUGCUCUAUGAGGAUGACUUUAGUGUAGGGCAUUUCCCACCAGCCUGAAGAACAGAACUAGAAGAUGCACAAACUUGUGUCCAUCAGCAAAUCUUGAUUUGAUAAUGCUGAUAGCAGGAAAACUAGCAAAAGCUUUUCUUCUCUGGGCCGCCACAGGAAACUAUUUCUUGCCACAGCUGGCACAGGUGCUAGCACAUGGAAGCUGAGAAUUAGAAGGUCAUUUCAGAAAUAAUAUUUAUGGAAAUAAAUGGAGAAACUACAGCUGUUAAGACUGGUCUGUAUGAGCUUGUAUUUUGAUGUGUCUCACAGCUAUAAUUCCUUCAUGUGUUUUUACAGUGUAUUCUGCUAUUCCUGUCCCUAGUCUGCAUUUCAUGUAGAUGGUCCCUACAUGAAUCUUGCCAGAUGCACUUCUGGGCUUAUUGCUUCUCUUUAACUGAAUUAAAUUGCAAUGACUUUGGCAAUGUACUGGCAAUCUCUUUUCCUUCUGUUAAUUCAGUCUCUGGGUUUAACCUUGAUGACCUGAGAAAUGUUUGGUUUUUGGGUGUUUUUUUUUUUUUAUUAUUAUUAUUUUAAUUCUUGUUUUGUUUAAACAAAGCUGAACAAUUCCCAUUGUAUUCAGAGCUGUGACGCCCAGUUCCAGUGACAAGUACUAGAUGGAUUUGUCCCAUUCUGUUUCUUGGCGAUGUUGAGAAAUAUAAUUUGUGUCAUCCUAA